AUGUCCGCCAUCCACAGACACGACUGGAUGACUGCCAUCGAUCUCUGGGAUGCUUAUUUUCAGAUCCCAGUCCAUCCAGACAGCCGAAAGUUUCUCCGCUUUACAUGGAGAGGGCGUCACUUCCAGUUCAGGGUUCUUUGCUUUGGCCUCUCCACGGCCCCUCAAGUUUUUACCAGGAUGAUGGGUCCAGUUUCAGUGGCUUUACAUCAACAGGGAGUUCGCCUCCUCCGUUACCUAGACGACUGGCUGCUGUUAGCUUACUCGGAACAGACGGCACUCGAGGCAACCAGUUACCUCCUCCGUCUGUGUGCAUCACUGGGAAUCCAGAAUCGAUUAGAGAAUCUACAACAUCAAAUCAAGACUUUCCUAAGUGUUCAGUCCCCUCCUUGGUUAGGCCUCCUAGGCCACAUGUCCUCUCUGCUGCAUCUAGUUCCUGGGGCAAGACGGAGGAUGCGCAGCCUUCAAUUUCGCCUUUCCCAAUUCUGGGAUCGCCAGUCCGACGGUGACGACCUUCCAGUUCCUUGGGAUUCCGUAAUCCUGGACGAUCUUCAAUGGUGGACACUGGACCACAAUCUUCGAUGCUGGGGAGCGUCGAUUCUACAUGAUUCAGUGAGCGGUGUGUGGGCCACUCACGAGCUCUCUUUACACAUCAACCUUCUAGAACUCAAAGCUAUACGUCUCGGCCUUCUGCACUUCAAGGAACAUGUCCGAGGACAGACGGUGGCAGUGUUCUCCGACAAUGCCACAGCCCUGUCGUAUCUGGCAAAAGAAGGCGGGACUCGUUCAGGAAGCCUCAAUGCCGAGGCUCAAGCAAUCCUACAGUGGGCGGAGGAUCAUGCUGUCCGGAUCCUCACCCAAUUCGCGAAGGGCUCGGCAAACGUCUUAGCGGAUUGCCUCAGCAGACAGGAUCAGAUCAUCUCCACAGAGUGGACUCUCCACCAGGAGGUUUGCAAUCUCCUGUGGAGGCUUUGGAGUUAUCCCACGGUGGACCUGUUUGCAAUGAGGCUCAACUUCAGGCUACCAAACUUCAUCUCCCUGUUUCGGGAUCCAAUGGCAGUAGCCACAGACGCCUUUCUCUACAAUUGGGAUCAUCAAGAUCUUUAUGCCUUCCCACCUUUCCCACUGAUCAGGAAGGUGCUCAACAAGCUGAGAAUAGCACGUCAAACAAAUGUUAUUCUGAUUGCUUCGUUUUGGCCACAGAGGGAAUGGUUCCCAGACCUCAUACAGGCCUCAGUAGCCACUCCCAGGUGCCUCCCGCAGCACAGAGAUCUACUUCGUCAGCCUCAUGUUCGCAAAUUUCAUCAAGCUCUCCCCAUGCUACAGCUAACCGCGUGGAAACUGUCAAGCGAAUCCUUCGUCACAGAGGCUAUUCCUCCCGAGUUACGGAAUUCCUGGCAAAAUCUAAAAGACCUUCCACUAUUAUGA